AAUGAGCUCUCAACUUCUCUUUUAUCCCUUGGAAGCCAUUAGUUACCAUCCCAUACCAUCUUCCUCCCAACCAAUUAUUGCGCUCAACGCCGGUCCCUCCCAGCAUGGCGGAUGCGAACAACGGCCCAGGUGAUGUUGCGGAUUCCAAGAAGAAAGAAACUGACGCUAUUUUUAUCAUGGAGUGCUUGAAGCACCUUCAGACUCCCGCUAGGAUCGAUGUCAGCGCGGUAGCGAAAGCACUUAAAUAUAAAAACCCCAUCUCCGUUGCAAACCGCAUCCGUGAGAUCCGAAAGCAAUUCAAUUUGCAACAACACUUGACCUGCUCCACGAAUUCUGCCAAUGGGGGUGCAACUACGCCUCGCAAGGGGGCAAAGACAUCUACGGGGCCCAUCAAAGCCAAGAAGGAACCUUCUGAGGAGGGGGGUGAAGAUGUCAAGGGAGAAAAGAUGAAGCCAGGGAGAAAGCCUGGGGCAAAGCGUGGGCGUAAACCAAAGGCUGCUGCCCUUGAAGAGGAUAAACCGGUGAAACCCGCCACCAGUGGUGACAACAAUGAAGCGAAUAGUACCGCCAUGGAGGCCACUGCUUGAGCUCAAAGGCUGAUCUGAUAAUACCAUGUUGCAAAGUCUUCUCUCACAAGCGUCAUGGAUAACAAGAUCACGUACAGUAUAUUCAUGGCCCAUCACUGAUACUAGGUUUCGUGGGGAAAGGGAUCUUUGUCGUUAUGUUCCUUGAGCUCUUCCUUCAUUUAGUGGUUAUGCGAAGUGGUGGGCGGCUUCGACAUUCCUCUGGUCGUUUUCUUCUUUGUUCGUUGUUUCCUACUUGGCCCAUACAUUUCUUCGAUAUCGGUUGCUCCUAUUCAAGUGCUGAUCAUUUUAUCGAGUUCAUGUUGUACCUUGAUGUUUUACUCCCCGACUUCGCAGUGGCUGGGUUAUCUCAUACUUCUACAAUCCUUUUUUCAUACACGGAAGUUUCUCAACGAGGGCGGCGGGUGAUUAUGUGGCUAGGGUAGCUCUCAGAGUACAAGACUUUGCGUACUAAACAUGCGUUCUUGACAUAAUGGAAUCCAUAAAAGAUCAUCUAAAUUCGGGAUGAACUACUGUUCUGCCCCGGCUGAUAGCCACCAUUCUAGA